AUGCCCUACCCUCUAACAUUUCCUCUCUCCCUGUGUAUAGAUGUACUUAUUUAUUUUGCAGGUUCCCAAGCUGUUCCAAAAGUUUUUGACAUCUAUCCUCACCACGGCAGCCAGAAUGGAGCAACGAGGCUGACGAUCAAAGGGCAGGGAUUCUCAGGGGAGAACCAGUUUGACUUUGGAGCAGAAGAUGAAAAGUUGGGCAACAGCGUGCAUCUGGUGUCAGAAACCAGGUCCAUCCCCUGUGAUGUGGAGAGGGAUUCCAGCCACGAAACACAGAUUGUUUGCUACACCAGGCCUCUACCUAUAGACCGGUAUGUUGUGAAAGUGAGUGUGGAUGGGGUUCCAGCCGUUAACAAGUGGAUAUCCUAUUUCGCAAGAAGCUACAAUACCCCAACCAUUGAGGAGAUUUCACCAAUGUCUGGACUGCCAGGGCAACUCAUUACUAUCCGAGGGAAUAUUCUCACUGAUGUCUACGGCAGUAAUAAACCACAGGAUUCCAGUCACAGAAACACCAGGAUUUUGAGAGUCUAUGCUGGAGGAAUGCUCUGUGAACUUCUUCAUCCGGACUCGGAUACCUUGUACGGUUUGACACUUGACUACACGUCCAGUAGAAAAGGCACUAUGACUUGCAGAAUGACUGGAACCUACAUAGGUCACCAUAAUAUGAGCUUCAUUUUGGACAAUGGCUACGGAAGGUCUCUGCCUGAUGUGAAUGCUUACUUUGUUUCCUCUCUCAAUAAACUCAGCAUGUUCCAAACCUAUGCAGAGGUGACUGGCAUCUACCCAUCUGAAGGGAGUGUGGAAGGAGGCACUCGGCUGACAGUGAAGGGGAGGUUCUUUGAUGAAACAGACUCCCCAGCCGGAGUUACUGUGGCAGGAGGAAGAGGUUUGAAGGUGGAAACUUGGAAAGGUGGUACCCUGAGUGACUUGGCAAACUACAACGAAAUGACUGACAAUUACCGUUUCUACAUCAAAGGGAGAGGCAUAUUCGAACUUCAUCUUAGCUUAACUGGGGAUCCUCGGGACAAGGCUAAAGUUGCCUCUGGCACUUGGCAGUACUGGAGUUACACAACGUCCCACAGCCAAGCCUCUGAUGCACUGCGACUUGAGAAAGGGAAAGGAUAUUACACAGAAGUGCUACUGCAGGAAAACACACCGUCUUCCUUUGUUUCUGUUGGUGUGUACCGCAACAACAGCUCCUACACUGAGCAGCAGACAGCAGACUCUGUCAACGAAGUGCAGAGCAUCAGUUCACUCUCCCAGGUUGUCUACGAGAAGCAGAUUGUAACCUUGGAGAACUGGACAAUAGGAAGUGCAAUCAGUGAGGUUCAGCGGGUCAUCAUCACCAGUCCGUGCUGGGACACUGGUUCUUGCUCAUUCCACUGGUACAGGCUCACCUACAAUCAUGAGUAUACAGGACUUCUUCGUGCAGAUGCUUCAGACAAGCAGAUUGAGCAAGCUUUAAAUGAUCUGUGGUCGAUUAGACCUGAUAGGGUGAAAGUGUCGAGCACUGCAAUCAGCCAAGGCUUUGUCCACACAGUGACCUUCAUCUCCACAAGAGGGGAUUUUGAUUUACUCCAGCACAAGGCAUCGGAAGGAAGUAACAUCACCAUUGAAGUGGAGGAACGAGUCAAAGGGAGACCCAGUAUGGACACUUUCACACUGAGACUGGAUGGGAUUGAUUCCAGGCCCCUUCCACAUGCAGCUACUGCUGAUGAGGUCAAAGCUGCUUUAGAAGAACUGGUGGGUGUGAAAUGUCCUGAGCACAUAGCUGGCUACACAAAUGGAUAUGCAGUCAAGUACUUCAAUGACUUUGAAGAUUGGGUAUGUAUCCGAAAUAAGAAUCAUCAGCCAAUCGACUCGUACUUUCAAUGGUCCUAUACCUGCAUCAAUUUGCUCAAGUCCGUACAGGCCAAGUUUUCCAAAGGGACCAACUUCAUGCUGGAAACGAUCAGACUGUUGAAGUCAUCAGACCAGGAUUACUUUGUGGAUACUGUCUACAUUGGGCAGCAUGCUACAACCAGCGGUCAAGAAAAUAUUGGUGUUCCAGUGAGAGGGCUCCCACCACUGAUUGCCAGAGGGAUUAUUAUUAAGCAGUUCAUUGUGACACGGAAUAGAAAUGUGAAUGACAGCUCGUCCAAUGAGUAUGAGAUAACCAUGAUUCCCUUCAACUGUAGCUUCAAUAUUCCUUUGCUGGAGGUUGGCUUUGCUCAGACUGCAUCCAAUGGCUUAAAGGAUAAGGCUGCUUACAGGGGAAUCACGUGGCCUAAGGGAUCCAUUGUAAGAGUGUGGAGAAGAGAGGCAGCAUCUCCCCCCAUCACUGGCACCAUGGACAUUCAGGCCUUUGGCCGUCUGCUGAAGGGAUUGCCAGUUGGUGCUUCCAACCUGGAAAUGCAGUACGGUUUACAAAGCAUUCCUGAGAUCGGGAGUGUGUCGGUGCAGAGGACAGGCAGCUGCUCCGGUUUCAACUGGAGGGUGAAAUGGCUGAACAAGGCUGGAAAUCAGCCCAUCCUACAGGUUAAUGAUUCAAAUGUUCAUGGAGUCAAUGUGAGAGUUACUGUGAAUGAGGAUGAGCAUGGAGGGCAGUUUAGUCAACGGCUGAUCGGAGACCUGUUCCGCACACCACAUGUCCUGCCCCAGGUGCAGGUUUUCAUCAAUGGCAUUCCCAGCAACUGCUCCGGGAAUUGUGGAUACAGGUGGAAUUCUGCGAAAACCCCAGUCAUUACAGGCAUCAGCCCGAGCAGAGGUUCCAGUGUUUCAGGCACAGUCCUGACCAUAUCAGGCUUCCCAUUCGCCAACACUUCAAAGACUGACACCACCUGGGUUCUGGUUGGAGGAGCCAAAUGUCCAAUCACAGGACUAACUGAUACUGAAAUUACCUGUCUGAUCGGUCCACCCAACACCACAGUGGCCCCAGUUACUGUCUACGUCGCCGAGCUUGGCUUUGCAAAGCACUCAGGCAACCAGGCUUUUACUUUCACCUAUGAACUGGAAGUUACUGGCAUUUCUCCUUCCAUAGGCAGUACUGAAGGUGGGACCGUCCUGACAAUAUCUGGCACUGGUUUCAUUCCUGGGACAGUGGUUUUAGUUGGAGAGAAGCUCUGCCUCCUCCUCACACAAAGCCCCGUCAAGAUAACCUGCAGCACGCCAGCUGCACCCGUUGGAGUGGCCAAUAUCUCUGCGUUGACUGAUGAAUCAUACAGCACAUUGCCCUUCAUUUUCACUUACACAGAGAUGAAGAUGCCGGUAAUCUUGCAAAUAACUCCCACGGCAAGCAGUGCGGCAGGUGGUUCCAGCCUGACAAUCCACGGGUCAGACUUUGGCAGCAGAUCCGGAGACAGCCGUGUGUUCGUUGGGAACUCGGAGUGUCCGAUCCUUCAGUGGUGGGUCAACAACAUCACCUGUCGGCUGCCCAGCCUCCCCCCCGGAGAGUACACAGUACGGACACACGCCCCUGACAGCAGCAUUGCGAAUGUUUCCAUUGAGUACAUCUUGCGUGUAACAGGAAUGACCCCCAGGCUGGGUUCGCUCCAUGGGGGCACAACAAUCACCAUCUCUGGGGCUGGUUUCAGUCCCAUCACAGAGGAUAACACUGUCCACCUCGCACUGGGAGUUGGGUACAGCUGGAAUCCAUCAAUACUCGAUAUCCUUGUUGGGGACACAGUGCACUGGCAGUGGGAAGCCCCACCUCUCGUCCAGGGCUUGAGCUACCGAGUCUUCAGUGUCUCCGGGCCCAGUGAGGUGAAUUACAAAGGCAAGGGGUUUAUGAGUGGAGAUACCGGCACUCCAGCAGGUUCUUUCUCCCACCGCUUCACCUCCCCUGGCUCAUUUUUCUACAGCAGCGGUUACAUCGACCAGAAGAACAAGAUCUUCCUGCAAGGCGUGGUACAUGUGAGGGCAGCAGAGGAGAGGUCCUUAAAUCUGCAUGUUUCUGUAGCUGGGAUUGAGGCAGAAUAUCCACCUGGACACUUGGAGAUGGUGCAGUCACAACAGGAGCGCAGUGGUAACUGUACAGCAACCAGCCCCGCCUGUCCCCAGACAGUGAACAGCACUUCAGACAGUGGAGGCUUCACAUUUCUCCUCUCUCCCUGCUACUCCCCCACCAUCAACAGUAUCACCCCAUCUAACGGGACCCUAUACGACAGACUCACCAUUGCAGGCACUGGAUUCAGCAACAUCACCUGUGCUAAUGAGGUGCGAGUUGGAGACCAGCCGUGCGUCGUUGAACACAGUACGGAGUGGGAGCUUCUGUGCCGAGUAGAUGCAGGGGGAGAGAUGGACGUUGGGGUGGCAGCCCUGGUGUCAGUGACUGUCCACAACCACGGCUCUGCCAUCUCCACACCAUCCGACGAAUUCAGCCGCCGCUUUGUGCUGCUCCCUCACCUGGACAGAGUGACCCCCAGCCUGGGCUCCACCACAGGACGGACCAGGGUCACCCUCACUGGCUCAGGCUUCGGAAAGGACCCCAGUACCAUCCAGGUCCUGCUGGCAUCUGUGCCCUGCACGCUGGUGUCUGUGAACUACACGCACAUCUCCUGUGAUUCAUCUGCCUCCAUUGUCUGCAGCGGGUCUGCAAGUGUUUGGGUACGAGGUCUCUUGGCCACGUGUACUGGCUCCUGUGACUUUACCUACACUGAGACCGUCACGCCGAGCGUGCUGACAGUCUCCCCGAAUGUCCUGGACACUGUCUACACCGAGCUCACCAUAAACGGCCAAGGAUUUGGCAGCCAUGCCGAGAUGGUCCUUGUUUUAGUGGGCACUGCCAGCUUUAGACCUGCUGAUGUUUCAGACUCCAGCCUGAACUGUACAGUGGGACCACUGCCCGUUGGCCAACACUCCCUCAGGGUUUUGAUCUUCGACAAGGGUUUAUCUGGCGAGACUCUGUGGGUCACCUCUGCUGCCUCAGCCUCCCUGUUGCCAGCCUCGGGAGGCAUUAAUGGAGGCACCACCUUGUCCAUCACGGGGAAUGGCUUUGUCCAGGAAGCCACCACUGUGAUGAUUGACGACUCCCCUUGUAACAUUCUCACUGUCACCCCGGGAAAAGUCCAAUGUGUCUCGCCGGCCUGUGGUCCAGGCAUUGUCCAUGUAAAGGUUAAAGUUCAUUCUACUGUGUACCCACUCCUAACGUUCACCUGUAACCAAACGGAGACUCCCACUAUUUUUGCCGUCUCUCCAACCACUGGUGUAAGUGGAACAAGACUCACCAUCCUUGGGCAAAGUUUGGGAUCUGUUGUCUCUGACGUCACGGUGUCAAUAGAUGGCAUCUUGUGCAGUGUGACCAUGGCUAACGAGAGCUGUGUGGAGUGCACUGUGGGGCAUCACGCUGGGGGCACCUUCCCAAUCCUCCUGGAACAUGCCAGGAGGGGAUAUGCAGCCUCUGCCUUCUCAUUUCAGUACCAGCUCAACAUAACGUCUGUCUCUCCAACUGAAGGCAACUUCGGUGGUGGCUUGGUCCUGACGGUGAGGGGCGCUGGAUUUGACAGACAGAAAUCGCGGGUAUUUGUGUGUGAGAAUGAAUGCAGAGUGGAGCCAGCAAACUCCAGUUCCAGCAGCCUACACUGCCACCUGCCUCUGAAUAAUGGGACUGGGCUUCAGCAGGAGUGCGAUGUGACCGUUGCAAACAGUGAAGCUUCGAGCCAGCUGCCCCGCGCCUUCACGUACAUGUCAGCAUUGACCCCCGUGGUGACUGCCAUUGAGCCCAGGCGAGGAGGAACAGCAGGAGGCACCAAACUGACCAUCACAGGAUCUGGCUUCAGUUCCAGCAUAAAUGAGACUUCUGUCACCGUGGCUGAAGCUGCCUGUGAGAUCCAGUCUGUGAAUGAAACCAGCAUUGUAUGUAUCACCGGUGCGCAGUCCCCUUCCCAGAAGACCAAGGUCAAGGUCAACGUAAGGGGAAAUGGCAUUGCCAAACUGGACUUUGCAGAUUACCACUACGUCGAUGUGUGGUCAUCACGGUACACUUGGGGAGGUCAGUCACCCCCUGAGAAGGGCUCACUGGUCGUCAUCACCAAGGGACAGACCAUCCUGUUGGACCAAAACACACCAGUGCUGAAGAUGCUGCUCAUUCAAGGUGGGUCACUCGUCUUCGAUGAGGCAGACAUUGAACUCCAGGCCGAGAACAUUCUCAUCACAGACGACGGGCUACUCCAGGUGGGAACCAACUCCACUCCCUUCCAACAUAAAGCCAUCAUCACCCUUCAUGGCCACCUGCGCUCCAGGGAACUGCCCCUGUAUGGAUCCAAGACGCUGGCUGUUCGAGAGGGAACAUUGGACCUCCACGGUCUGCCCGUCCCUGUAACCUGGACUCACCUAGCUGAGACAGCAGAGGCAGGCACUUCAACGAUUACACUACAGGAAGCCGUGAGCUGGAAGGCAGGGGACCAGAUUGUCAUUGCAACAACUGGAGGCAGGCACAGCCAGAGGGAGAGCGAGCAGAGGACAAUCGAAGGUGUGUCACCGGACGGGAGGACGCUCUACCUGACGGAGCAGCUGAGAUACAGGCACCUGGGCAUGGUGCUGUCCCUCGCUGGGACUGUGCUGGAGGCUCGGGCAGAGGUGGGGCUGCUGACUCGUAACGUGGUGGUGAGAGGCUCCAACAACGUGGAGUGGAACGACCACAUCGAGCAGUGUCCGGACGGGUUCGACACUGGUGAGUUCGCCACCCAGACCUGCUUCCAGGGGCGGCUGGGGGAGGAAAUCGGAAGUGACGAGUACGGAGGCUGCAUCAUGUUCCAUUCGCCACGUCCAGACCAAGGGCUGGUGCUGGGCAGGAUAGAGUAUGUCGAGGUGUACCAGGCAGGCCAGGCCUUCCGCCUGGGCCGUUACCCCAUCCACUGGCACCUGUUGGGGGACCUGUCCUUCCGCUCGUACGUACGAGGCUGCUCGAUCCACCGGACCUUUAACCGCGCCGUCACCAUCCACGGCACUCACCGGCUGCUGGUGGAGGACACCGUGGCCUUCGACGUGAAGGGAGGCGCCUUCUUCCUGGAGGACGGGGUGGAGCAAGGCAACGUGCUGCGGCACAACCUGGCGGUGCGGGUGCGCCAGAGCUCCAGCCUGCUGAACGACGACCUCACCCCGGCCGCCUUCUGGGUGACCCACCCCGGCAACACCCUGCAGGGCAACUCGGCGGUGGGGGGCACCCACUUCGGCUUCUGGUACCGGCUCCUGGAGCAUCCUGAGGGGCCGUCACGGCACCAGGACGUGUGCCCGCGCAGCCUCUCCCUCGGGCUCUUCCGCAACAACUCGGCCCACUCCCAGGGUUGGUACGGCCUCUGGGUGUUCCCGGCCUACCACCCGAGCAGGAGUGGCCGGUGCUCGGACUGGAGCCCCCAGCCCGCGGCCUUCGGCUCCCUGACCGCCUGGAACUGCAAGAAGGGGGCGGAGUGGACGGAAGGAGGGGCCCUCCAGUUCCAUGACUUCCUGCUGGUCAACAACGAGGAGGUCGGGGUGGAGGUCCAGCGGGUGCUGAGGACCCGCAUCGGUGGCUGGGGCCAGGCCGCGGGGGCCCUGCUCAGGAACCUGACCGUGGUUGGUCACACCCCGGGUCUGGGCCCCCUGCUCUGCACCCGCACCGGCCUGGUCCUGCCCAUGGACCAGGGGCUGACCGUGGACGGGCUCCACUUGGUGAACUUUGACCGGUCCGGCUGCGUGGCUCUGGGGCUGGCGAGCAUGAAUUGGGCGUGCCCGGAGGGCUGCGGGGGCUGGGGCGUGAGGUUCAGCCGGGUCCGCUACUUCAACACCUCCAACAAGGCCGUCUUCCACUGGGAGCAUGAGGCUGUGCUGCACGACAUGGACGGCUCCCUUGCAGGUGGUGCUGGGUACAAUGUGGUCCCUUACAGUCGGAUAUUGGACCCAGCACGGUGCCAGCAGUCAGCGGAGUGGAGCCAGGGAUACGCCGGCGUUGUGUGUGACUCCACCGUCGCAUUCCAUCGCCUGUCUGUCCACGACCCCUCUCCGAUCGCUCUGAGGGGACGGCAGCUCAUCCUGUCCAACACUCACGGGUACAGCAUUCUCUCCUUCCUACAUCGACGUCUAACCCAUGGAUCAGGUUGGAUGGCCCUUAUACCCAACAAUCAGACUGUUAAUUGGCAUUUCAAGGACUUGGAUCACAUCACCGAGAUCUCCUACAGAGCCACCUUUUACCACUUCACGGACAGUGACCACGUUGUCGUAUCCCACAACCUGACCCAACACCCUGACCACGUCCAGGUGACGGACCUACAACGAAAUGCCUCCCGACAGCCCCUAGGAUGGUCCCACAACCAGAAUGGUGACUGGUACUUCGACUCAGACAACUUGACCUUGUACUACCUGGGGAAGGGUGCCCCUCAUCAGCCGAAUCUCGACCCGACAGUGAUUGAUGUAAACAUUCACCUCCAUGUCUUCCGCUGCUUCUACCAGAAAUGUGCGUCUCUUCCCCAGGCAACAAUGUUGCCCUUCAUCAGCUCAGAUUCCGGAUACAGUCUGUGGUCGAACUCUUCCUUCUGGGAAUCCUCUCCAGAAAACAACUUCACGGUUCCCAGAGAAGGUGACAGUGUGGUCGUAGCCCAAGGAGUCUGGCUUCUGGUGGACACAAUGAUUCCAUCGCUCUACAAACUCACCAUCUAUGGCAUCUUGGAAAUUAAGGACCAGAAUGCAACAUCGGGCCACAAUUCCUCAUCCUACAUGAGCACUGUCCUCAAUGCUACCUACAUCUCGGUCCAGGGGGGCAGGCUUAUCGCAGGAACACCGGAGAAACCGUUCAGAGGAGAGCUCCUGAUCGUUCUGCGAGGAGACCAUUUGACCCCGGACUGGCCUUUACUGAAUGGGCCUAAUCAGGGGGCCAAGGUGUUGGGUGUGUUCGGAGGACUGGACCUCCACGGAAUUCCCCACCGGCUCUACAGGACCAAGCUGGGGCUGACAGCACAGGCCGGUUCCCUCAACCUAACGCUGGCAGCAGCCGUCGACUGGCAGGAGGGCAAUGAGAUCCUUCUGACAAGCACCAGCUAUGAUUCCCAGCAGACGGAGUCUCGGAUCAUCCGCUCCAUCUCACAUGAUGGGAGGUCUCUGCUCCUGGAUCAGCCGCUCUCCUUCACACAUGUGGUGGAGACGCAGGAAGUGAAGGGAAGGGACCGGCGCUACAGCCUGGCAGCAGAUGUUGGCCUCCUGAGCAGAAACAUCAAGAUCCUAGGCCAGGAUCACCUGGGAUGGCAGGAGCAGAAGUUCGGAGCCCGCCUGCUGAUCAGUUCCUUCUUCUAUAACGACCAGGAGAUCAAAGGUUAUGCCAGGAUAAAGGAUGUUGAAUUCUACCACUGUGGUCAGAUGGGUUAUCUGGAUUACUUUGAUCCACGCUACUCUGUGGCGUUUCUCAACCUCGGCCAGGUUGAAGGGAAUGACUCGUACAUUCAGGGCUGUGCUAUUCACAAUGGAUUUGCUCCAGCCAUCGGGGUCUUUGGAACGGAUGGCCUUAACAUCGACGACAAUAUCAUUUACAACACCCUGGGAGAAGGUAUCAAAGUGUGGGGGAGCAGGAACCGAGUGAGGAGGAACCUGGUGGUCCUUAGCAAGUCGACGGCGAUUCCCUACUCCUGGACAGCAGCUGUCGAGGUGAAUAAGGGUUCUGAGGUUGUGCUACAAGAGAACGUCGUUGUAAGCUUUGAGCAGAUUGGUUACCACAUUAACGGAGAGCCUUGUCCUGGACAACCAAACCCCGCUGAGCCAUGGACUGAUAACGAGGUCCGUGGAGGACGGAUUGGCGUUUACAUGAAUGGAGACGGAUACCCGAACUGCUCCCUUAUCCAAGGGUUCACGGUCUGGAAAUGCCAGGACUAUGGCAUUUACUUCCAGGUAGAAGAUUCUGUGCAAGUCUCCAACGUGACUCUGGUGGACAACGCACUGGGUAUUUUUCCAAUGAUUUACGGACCUCCAGCGCUCUCACAUCGGAUAUCCAACAAAACCGUUCGCGUUACUAACGCCUUGGUGGUUGGAGUUAGUCCUGGAUUCAAUUGCUCAGAUACUCUGCAAGACAAUUCUGCUUCGACUAAUACAGGGAACAGUUGGAGUCCCAGACAGCCUUGGGGAAGGAGUGGGAUCUGCUGGCCAACGUUCGCCUCGGCUACCAACUUAGCACCUCGACAUCUGCAUUCUGUGCUGAUGAGCUACCCGGCCAUUAGUGGGCUGAUGAUGGUGCAGAACACGACAUUUGUGGGAUUCCGGGGCGUGUGUUCCCAGCAGCUGAACGUCAUGUUUAUCAGUAACCCUGACAAUGAGGAUGUGCAGCACCCAGUGCUGGUGGAGGGAAUCACCAUCGACCAGAGUGAGGAGCGAGGGAAGGUCUUCAUACACAGGCCUGACAUCACUAAGGUGAAUCCCAGUGACUGUGUGGACAUGGACUGCGAUGGCAAGAAGAAGACCCUGCUGAAAGACCUCGAUGGCUCAUUCCUGGGGAGAGUGGGAGCUGUCGUCCCACAGUCGGAGUACGAAUGGAAUGGUGACAAACGCCGCGGGCUCGGCGAUUACCGAAUCCCGAAGGUUCUGCUGACAUCUUUGAAUGGGAGCCGCAUUCCUGUAUCCCAGGUGGCACCAUACAAAGGGAUUAUCCGAGAUUCCACGUGUACCUACAUGCCUGACUGGCAAAGCUAUAAGUGCUUUGGGCUGAACUAUGAGCUGCUGGUUAUUGAGAGCCUGGACUCUGAUACCGAACAUAGGAGACUUUCCCCGGUGGCUCUGCUCUGUGAUGGCUACCUGGACCUCAUCAAUGGUCCCCAGGACCAUGGCUGGUGCUCUGGAUAUACGUGCCAUAAGAGGAUUUCACUUUUCUACGGGAUCGUGGCCACCAACAAGUCGUGCGACGUGUACUUCACCAGCACCAGUCCUCAGAGUCUGCGUCUGCUGCUGCCCAGCGCUGAUGUCAGCAGAGCUGUUCGUUUGUCGAUCUAUUACUCAUCGCCACAGCGCCUGGAUGUGUACGUAAAUGGCACCCUCAUCCCUCCAACCAACGCAGAGUGGAACAGCGCACACACGGACUACACCCUGAGGGCCCCCACCUACCCAGGAGAAUUUGUUCCCAAGUUGAAUUCUCCGGUCUCUGGAGCAAACUAUUUUGACAGAAAAUACCAAAUGCUGAAUGUUUUAGUGAGAGGUUCAAUUCCCAUUGAGAUCCACACAGCCCCCACGCUCUUCAUCUCCUUCAAUUUACCUGCAAUGACAGUGGAUGAGUUUUACGGCCCUGACCUAGCAAACAACCUCGCCCUAUUCCUGGACGUGCCGGCGAGUAAAAUCCGCAUUACCAAGAUCGUGCGGGAGGCUGCUCGUCGCAAGAGGCGGGCUACAGGGAUCACGGUGGAAGUGGAGAUCGGAGACCCUCCAUCUGGGCAGUUGUCUUCACAUUGUACAGGUACAUUGAGGUUCUCUGACCUGAAGGAAAUCGCCAGCAACCUUGGUGAGGCCAUGUUGACUGGAAACCUGAGUGCUUCCUUGGGCUUUGCAAUCUCUGGCCUGGAGAUCUCUGAUCCAGUUCCACCUCCAGAUGAUCCAGAGUGGUCCCAGGUGGCCACAGAACCGGUGCAGAGGGAAGCAGUGAGAAGGAACCGCAUGGCCCCUGUGGCAGGUUUGGUCGUGAUGACUGAGCCAAUUGCCGGAGACCCUGGGCAAGUGUUCAGGCAGCAGCCCAGCAUCAUGGCAGUGGAUGCUGACGGGAGCUGUGUAUCGGUGGGAGUUACCUUGUGGGAACUGGACGCUGUGCUGGUAGAUUCCAGGAAUGUGCCAGUCGCAGGACUCAAUGGAACGACCAGAAUCUUGUUCAUGGGUUGUUGGGCUAAUUUCACUGAUCUCUCCAUCAGUGUCAACGGCACCAACUACCGACUGAGGUUCCAGCUCAGGUUGAUUGAGGUCCAGUCCAGACUGUUCUCGGUGGGGUCGGGGCACAGUUUGCCAGAAGAUUCUGAGGAUCCUGACCCUAGCUCCAGCUCCAGACUCAGCCCGAGAAGUGGAGUAAUUGCAGGUGCCGUACUGGGAGGUCUCCUGCUCAUCAGCAUCAUCGUGGCUGUGACCUGGAAAAUGACAGGUGGGCACAUGGGAUUCCCCAGGGGCAAACGUUGGCCGUCUGUGACCACCAGCAUGACUCUGGUGUUUGGGGCAGAGUGGUCUUCUGUUAUUUAG